UAACUGGAUAGGCCGUGAUACCUACAUCAGACAGGUGUGGCUCUGUUGAGCAUUUUGAAGAUCUACGAAAGCAGCAGAGCAGGCCCCAGUUCCCACACAGUCACCGUCUCAUGUGUGGUUUAGUCGCUGAUGCGGGGAGAAAGUUGUGGACAUGUUUUCUUGAGUGUGCACGAUUUAGUGAUUCGCCGUGCAACAUUAAAAGCGCAGUGUUUAUGAGCGCCUCCAGCCUUUCCGGACUUUGGAUUAUGUUUCCGUGGGAUUGUACUCUCGUCUGUUCGCCAUAUUGCGCGCUGUGAAACUCGAGGGAAAGUUGUCAGAGUUAUGACAUUUGCUGCGCACAGUACCUCCAUGGAGCUGCAUGCAGUCGACUUUGAUCGAAACCAAAGUGACUCUAUGGAGCUGGACACGGACAGCUCUGUGCACCACUGAUCAGGUCCUUCUCCAGAAAGAAGAGGAAGAGAAGAAUGGACAGAAAAGCUCAGAUUUGAUUCUGAAAGGAGGGUUGAGUGUUCCCCACCCUGCACUUUCCUCUGGGAUUUAUAUUUCCUCCCAUAUACCUCUGUAUACGCAAUUAAACAAAGAAUUCCUCAGCCACAGGCACACUAACUCAGUGUUUUGCACACUUGGAAGUCAAGAUUGAAAGCUCUGACUUCAGUUUUUGUACCCUUAAAACAUUACUAUGAGUCUUCCUUCUCAAGUGAGUACUGACAAGAGUGGCAAGCAGCGAGGUGCAGCCAUGAAAGAGCCUGUGCAGCACUCAGGGGACGUUUACUAUGGUAUGGGACCUCCAGCAUUGGAGUCGAGUAAUUCUGCCAGCAGCUCUGGUGUUUAUAGCCAAGAGAAAGGGCCUCAAAGUCUGCCACACUAUCAACAGGCUGCCCCUGUAAAGUGGAUGCACCAGGACUCCGUGCAGGCGCCUGGCUGGUCUCAGGAAGCUCCUGUGUCGGCCUGGGGCCAGAACUUUGGCCCUUAUAUGAGUGGAGUGAACGUCAGGGGUCAGAUGGCGUUCCACAAAGGGGUCCACGAGGGUGUUGCUCUGCCAAUGGGGGGAGAAAAUCAACUCCCAGGCCCAGUUGAGGCUUACAGGGAUGCAGCCCAGGCUUCAGCUCCUGGGAGGGGGCUGGAAUGGGAGCAGCAUGCUGCAGCUGCGAUGCACCAGGCUCAGCUUCAAGCCUACCAGCAGGCUCAUAAAGGUGUGGAGCUGCAGGCUCAACCCCACGUAGCUCCUCACACUCUACAGGGGCCCAUGCUGCAACCUUUCCAGGCUACUUUUAGGCCUAGUAAGCAACAGUUUCCAUCUGGUCAUUACUCUGUGUUCCCCGGCAACAAGCCAGUGUCAGGCCUGGCAUACAGCGAGCAACCCAAAAACCAGCAGCGUUUGCUGCAACAGAUGCGGCAGCAACAAAUGCAUCACCAUCAACAGCAGCAGCAACAACAGCAACAGCAGCAGCAACAGCAGCAACUAUUUCAACAGCAUCAACUCCAGUUGCAGCAACAGCAACAAAUGCAGCAACAGCAGCAACUCCAACACCAUCAGUUGCAACAGCAACAACUUAAGCAAAUGCAGCAACAGUAUCACCAGCAGCAACUGCAGGAGCGGCAGCAACAAAUCCAACAAAUGCAGCAGCAGCAAAUGCAGCAAAAUGUGCCACAGCAAGAAACGGCACAACUUCAGGUGCAACCAAAACAGCAACAAAACCUAAACUUUGCGACUUUUCAGCCUCCUGAGCCUCGUCCUCCUGAUGCUGCAGGUAUAAAAGAAGAUGCAAAAGCAGCUGAGCAGCAGGAGUUAGAAGUUAAAACCAAUGAAGGGACAUCUGCACCUGAUCCAGGCUCUGACAAAGUUUCAACAAAUCCAGCAGAACUCACAAAUGCAUCACUGGCUGCGCCUCGGCGCUCUCGACGCCUCUCCAGAGAUGGACAGUCCCCGUUAGGCCCUCCUUCCACUAACAUCUGGUCCCAAGCAGCCAAAGAUUCACAACUGUCCCAGAAUGGAGUUAAAGGAGGAGAGGCCCAAGUUACGACAGGAGGGGUCAUCCAGAUCACCAGCAGGAGGAGGAGGGCGUCCAAGGAGAUCAACCUGGAGACUUUGGCUCAGAAGGCGUCAGAAAUGGAGCCUGCCAAAAUGGCAAAGGAAGACGCUCCUGCUUCAGGCAGACAGGCCACUAUAGUUCCUCUGGUCAUCCCUGUGUCUGUGCCGGUGCACAAGAGUCACACUGACCCUCAGAGCGGCUGGGCUCAGGGGAGACUUGGUCCAGGUGAGCGAUUAGCAGGACCGUCUGACAGGAAACCUUCAGUCAUUGUGGCUCGGCGGCGAUCCCGCAGGAACUCCAUGAACGAGAGCUUUGGCCAGGAUGGAGAGGAUCAAGGCCUAGACGAGGAUGGAAAACCCAAAUUGAAGCGCCGACCUCGUCCCGAGCCGCUCAUCAUCCCUCCUCACAAACCUUCCACCUUCAUCCCUCCAUCCUUGUACCCCAGCAUCACCUCCUACCAGAGCAACCUGCGCUCUCCUGUUCGCCUGCCGGAUAACCCCCUGACUCUGCCCCCGUACACACCUCCACCCAUUCUAUCUCCUGUACGUGAAGGCUCUGGACUCUACUUCUCCACCUUUCUCACUAACAUCGCAAGCAACCAGAUCCUUCCUCCGCCGGUUACGCCCAAGUCUGCUUCACGUAGUCUGCUACGCUCAACAAGUUCAGAAGUCACUCCCCCUGUUCUGCCGCUGAUCACUGAUGCUACGCCCGUCAGCCUUGAGCCGCGUAUCAACAUCGGGUUGAGGUACCAGGCAGAAAUUCCUGAGUUGCAAGAUCAGCUGUCCUCCCAGUUAGACCUGCACAAGGCUGAUCUGGUUUGGCUCCCCGUGGAUGAGUCAAACCUUAGACCUGGUGAUGAAGAAAGGGUUAAGAAUUUGAUGAACAUGGCUUGCUCCAGCGUGCUCAGAGGUGGAGGAACCAACCAGGAACUGGUUUUUCACUGUUUACAUGAAUGUGGAGGAGACUUCCUGGACACACUGGGACGUGUGAUGCUUCAGGACCCUGUUUUCCCCCCAGGCCAUCACCUGACAGGUUAUCACUACUCAGGCUCCGACUGCUGGACUGCAGAAGAGAAGCGUUACUUCAAUAAGGGGAUCACUGCUUACAGGAAGGACUUCAUUAUGGUGCAGAAACUGGUGCGGACGAAAACCGUGGCUCAGUGUGUAGAGUUUUACUACACGUACAAGAAACAGGUGAAGAUUGGACGCAACGGGAUUCUCACCUUUGGCCCUCCAGAUUCCCCUGUGGAGAAGCAUACGGAGGCUGUGGUGGAUCUAAAGAGUUCACAGCAGUCCAAACUGACUCAAGAGGAGGCAGAAUCAGACGACAAGAAGGCUCUUUCUAGCGACUUUGAUAGCAGCCAUCAGGCCAGGGUCGCUCAGUCACUACAGGCUCAUGACUAUGCUGGAACAAUGGUGGUGCUCAAAGAGCCAGACACUUUGAACAAAGAGCUUCACCAUCCUGUAGCACAUCACAGGCCUCGAGCCGAGCCUGCAGCCAAGAAGCCAAAAGCACCAGCCAAACCUCCAACGGAUCCUGAUGCAGUAUUUCCCUGCAAGAAAUGUGGCAGGGUGUUUUACAAAGUGAAGAGUCGAAGCGCUCACAUGAAGAGUCAUGCUGAGCAGGAGAAGAAGGCAGCAGCGCUGCGUUUAAAGGAGAAGGAGGAGCAGGCAGCUGCUGAAGCUCGAGCCAGGAAGGCGGCGGCAGCAGCAGCGACGGCGGCUGAACAGAAAGGAAACGACAACGGUGUUACGGAGGAGGCCGAGGGCAGCAGCCAGGAGGACUCGCCUGAGGGAGAGGACGAUGAUGACGAUGAAGACUGGCACUGAGUAGACGGACUGGUAUAGAAAUGGAUCUUAGCGAUGAAAUAAAAAAUAUUCUGCCCUUGA